AUGAGCAUUGGAGGCUGUGAAGAAGUGACUUUGGGUCCUGAGAUCCUGGGUGUGAGCUGUGCACUGGGGUCUGGGAGGCCCUCAAGGUCCUUUCUGAUUGUGUCUGGAGUCACACAGCUUGAGAUUGGGAGCCAUUUGGUGCGCAGGCUCACAGGGGCCUUCGGGAUUGGAUGGCCCGAUAUCCCAGAGCCAUUUGGCUCCCGCGCCAACCCAACUGGCAAGGUGGGUUGGGGACAGGCAGGGCAGUUGGAACCCGGCUCCUCCAGGCAGGUCCAGGUGAGGAGAUGUGGCGCCGACCAGGUUUUUGAAAAUGAAGUUAACUCAGGGAUGGUAAAAUCUUUUCUUCAGGAUUUCCAACAUAGUGAUGAUUUUGAGGAUCAGUUUAAAGAGGAGGCAGAAAGUAAGGGUGAACCCAACUCGUGGACCACCGGUGGCUCCUCCCUAAAAGACAGUAAGGAAGAAGAGCUUGCAGGGCCCUCUCAGACUUACAUCCCUACGCUUCAGGGUAUGGAAAUUACUUCUGAAAGGGAGCUAGCUCAGUUGGCUCUUAUUCAACCAUUAGUAGUCAGUAAUCAUGAACAGUCAACCUUCCAAGAUUAUUUUAAAAUGCUUGAGAAAAAACUAUCAGAAAAUGAAAUCAUCCAGGAAUUUAUGGCUUUAGAAUUUAAGAAUCUGCAUGCUGUGUUCCACUCUGGGAAUGAACUACAAAACAGAGAAAAAAACAGAUAUCGAGAUAUUCUUCCAUAUGAUUCAACACGUGUUCCUCUUGGAGAAAACAAGGACUACAUUAAUGCUAGUUAUAUUAAAAUAGUCAAUUCUGAACAAGAGUAUUAUUAUAUCGCUACCCAAGGACCACUGCCAGGUACCACAGAUGACUUUUGGCAAAUGGUUUUGGAAAAUAACUCUAAUGUUAUUGUCAUGAUAACCAGAGAGGUAGAAAGUGGAGUCAGCAAAUGCCACCAUUAUUGGCCCGUUUCUAUGAAGAAGCCUUUGGAAUUGAAAAGCUGUCGUAUCUUCCUGGAAAACUACCAGAUACUUCAAUAUUUCGUCAUUCGAAUAUUUCAAGUUGUCAGGAAGUCUACAGGAAUUAGUCACUUUGUAAAACACUUGCAGUUCACCAAGUGGCCAGAUCAUGGCACUCCUGCCUCAGCAGAAGAUUUUAUAAAGUACGUUCGUUAUGUGAGGAAGAGCCACCUUACAGGACCCCUCAUUGUUCACUGCAGUGCUGGUGUGGGCCGGACAGGGGUGUUCUUAUGUGUGGAUGUUGUGUUCUGUGCCAUUGAAAAGAGCUUUUCAUUCAACAUCAUGAACAUAGUGGGCCAAAUGAGACAACAACGUUGUGGAAUGAUCCAAACAAAGGAGCAGUAUAUCUUUUGUUAUAAAAUUGUACUUGAAGUUCUUCAGAAGCUUCUGACUUUAAAGAAAGAAAGAUUUCUGUUGCCUCACACUUGAAAUUACCAAGUAGCUU